CAAUAUGGCCGCUGUUGUCCCGUAACAUCGUCGAUCAGUUGGACGUUGAUCGGUCGACAGUGGGGGUUGAAGGUAUUUAAUCAAGGCUGCGAUUGCUUAAUGCUGAGACACGGUAAUUAAUCGCGCGCUUAUCAACGCGUUUAUUAAAUCCUCAUUCUCUUCCCCACCCCUCCGGAAUGUCGGACGUUUUCUUUUUUUCUCCCCACACGAAAACAAUUUUUUCUGCGCGACACGAGAUUCCUGCGAAGGUCAGAUAAGAAAAUGAUUUUCCUCCAUCGCUGUGAAUUAUCUUUCAUCCAUCCAUCGGGACAGGUUAUCCCGUCCUUUAUUCUUAAUAUAGUGCUUCGCGAAACUAACCUCAGGUCCUUAAAGAAGUGAAUCACGUGACGGAUUGUUGGAAUAUUUUCAUGCUUCUUCGUUUUGAGAUCGAGAAAACGUAAAAUCGUCGCCGGGUAAGUUUAAAAAAAAAAAAGAAAAAAUGGCGAGCGACCUUUCGAGCGGCUGUAUGGAGACAAUAGACAUCCUCGACGAUGAGAAGGAGGAGGGUGAGAUUUCGUUGGAGGACGUCAGCUCGUCCGAGGAGGGCGGAAUAGGCCAUCUGACCAGUAAUUACGGUCUUUUCACCAGGACACGAGGAUCGUGUCCAAAUUGCAAAUCAUGGGGCGAAUGCGCAUCCUGGUGCACAAUCAUGUGUCAUUCUAAGAGCAGGAGAGAUCCAGUCAAAGGAAAGGAAAACCGUCACCAUGUGAGAGAAGUUGGAUCUGCGAAACAUAUAACGUCAACCCUGCAAGAGAAGAAUGAUGACCUAGUACCUAUUUCGAGUGACAGUGAUAUGGAAAUCGUCGGUCUUACGGACACGUCCAACCGGUCAAAGGCUAGAAUAAAAAAGAAAAAGAGAAAGAAAAAGGAGUACGACGUUAUAACCAUCGAUGACUUGAUUUCUCCGAGCUCUGUCGAUUUGCCUAUAACAGAAUUUGGUACGUUGAAGACGCAUUACAGAGAAUUGAGUCCGGUUCGCAGAAGCGGCAGAUCGAGGGUGAUCUCGAGAUCACCGAUUCGAAGACACAGGUCACUCGUAAAAGCUCGAUCGCCCAUUCGUUCAUCUCGAUCUCCGUUGAAUCGCGUCAGGUCGCCGAUCUUGAGGAAAUCUCCGCGAAGGCUUAGAUCGCCGAAAUCUCGGAUCUCACCGCAUCGUUCAUCGCCUGUCAGGACACCCAGAAGAACAUCAAGAAUAACUUCAUCACCUUCUGUUCGUUCAUACGUCAACAGACACGGCGACGUAACAAAGUUACUGAAGAAAGUCAGGCAUCUGGAUUCCAUGGGUGUCCUCACAUCGGAAUCGAGCGUCGAUCGGAACAAGGAGCAUCAUCAACCGUCCUUGAAAGAGAAAUUGUCAAACAUGUUGAAGAAACAUUCCAGUAGCAACAACGGUGCGGCGCGUUUUAAGGAGAAAAUCAAUGUCGAACCCGAUACUGUUAACGACGCCGACGACGAGGAAGAUUUGGCGUUACUUCGACAAAAGGCAUUGGAGACGAAACAGAAGAAGUCUAAUAGAUCAUCGGAUCAUGGAUCGACGGAUGUGAAAUUGGAGAAGAAACCUGCUUCGAGGAACGACGAUCAGGACGAAGAAGCGCUGGAGCUGCGCAUGAUCGCUCUUCGUUCUGCGGUGAUGAAGAAGCAUCAGAACCGGGUUCGCCGUGGGAUCAGAACGAACAAGAAACCUUCUCGCAGCGAGAGUCCGUUUAGUCAGAGCUUCCUCGACGACAUACCUGUACCUGGCGAGCUGCUGAAGUUCGUGACCCCGCCGUGCACGCCGUUGCGUGACAGCAAUCGCAUCGAAGACAUGGAACUAGAUUCGGACGUCGAGGGCGAGAAGGAGGGAGAGUUACCUUAUUCACCUACCGAUAAAAUCACCACGCACGUGCCUAUCGACACCUCGUUGCUCGGCCUCGAGCCGUCCGACGUGUCGUUUAUCAACGUAAACGAGACAAACAAGUCUUCGACUUUCGCUGAAGCCGAGAGGGUCGAAAACGUAUCGACCACGAGCAUCUCGUCAUGUUACGGUAAUCCUUACUUAACGUCUCAUAAUUAUGCGUCGCAGUAUUGUCCCUACUCGCCGUCGCAGCGGUCCACCGAGAUCUUCCUCGGUUCGGACUUGAACAACGAACCGGAAGAACUAGCCGAUCCACUCAGGAACUGUCAGGGCAGUAAUGUCGUGUGCGACUUGAUAGACGGUAUUUGCUGCCAGGUUAAUUCUUCGACGGACAUCGAGUCGACGCCAGAUGUACAGCCGAUUCCGGUUCUAACCAGUCUUCUCCCGACUUCUUCGAAAGCAACUCAGCAGCAGGAUAAGUCUGCAGAGCAAUCUACCAACAACGUUGAAUUUGCGAGAACAAACUCGACGUUUAGAGACGACAAGUGUACUUACGAGACGCAGAAGGUUCCCGAGUGUCCUCUUACGACGUCUUCUUCGUCUGCUUUCGCUGCAGGAUAUGUCGAGCCGAUGUCUCCAAACGAGUCGAUGGUGACGAUCGAUGAUCUUUCAGAGAUGGAGACGGAUCCAUCGGGUUCUCCUGUUGUUGCUGAUAAAAACUUACCGACCACGGAUCAAAUUUUGAAAGAGGUAACGCCAUGCCAAGCUGCCGAGGGAGAAACGUUGCACCAGGAACCUCUAUACAUGCAGGGUGUGCCGGAAGUCACCAAGGAUGCAAAUAAGAUACCCACCUUAAUCAAUAAAACAUUGGUUCCAGCGCCUAUUUUAAAGUCGAACAAGCAGCUUCAGCAGCCGUUGCCGACCACGAAGAAAUGCGAGACGCUGUCGGUUUCGGAGCCGAGUUUCAAGAGCGCCGAGAUGCAGCCGGUGAUCGUCGCUAGCUCGAAUGCUCAGAGCGCGAAAGGCGGCUGUAGCUUCAAACCCAUAAAAUUACGAGUUUCAAGGAAGUCCGCGCCUAUUUUAACCACGUCAGUCGCAUUCGAUAAUUCUACAAACGAGAAUUCAGAGGAGCAAAAAGACCCCUCUAAAGAUAAUCACGAGGUAAUCGAACGUUCAGUCACCGCUAAAACGGUGCGUACGUUAUCAGCUGCGAAUAAUGACAUUACUUCGCGCAAAAAACGGAAACGUGUCAAGAAAGAUCGAUGCAAGAGUCUUGAUAGCGCUACGCAAUUAGCGGAGAAACAAAACAACUUGGAUGACAGUAUAAAUAAGGAUAUAAAUAUCGUGUCUGUUAAACGACAAUUUGCUGAAUCUGGUCUAAGAGAAAUUAACGAUGACAAUGAAGCGCAGGAGAGUUUAAUGAAGAAUGGAGAAUCGAAAUUGCAGAUUGACGUUGAUAGUCGGGAGUUAGAUAGCUUAGAUAAUAUUACGGCAGAAAAUAAAACUACUGAGAAGAGCGAUCUUUCUUCUACAUCAUCAGUUUCCUCUAAACGUCCGCAAGAAAAGAAUAUCGAAUCCCAUUGUUCGUUAAUAAAUUCCACAUCUGACAAUCUUGAGUCUGAUGUAUCCAACAAAGCGGGAGACGUUGAUAACAGGAGACAAAGCGUCGACGAGGAUGAAAAUGAGCUGCGGGCUAUUUUACUAGCCUCUUUGAAGCGAACGAAAUUAACGGACAUUAAUGAUAGCUCUUCAACAAGUUCGAUUAUUACAAACAGUACUGCAAUAGACACUUCAACAUCUAAAGAGAAAACGUUAACCGACACCGCGGGAAUUAAUGCAACGGUGAUGAACAGUAAAGUCUCGUCGUCGACAAAAUUGAGUUCAUCAGAAACCAGAGGAGAAGAAGAUCAAUCGCGAGAAUCAGAGGAGAAGAUCAAUCGCGUACCUACUUCAUUGCUUGUAAAUGGCAACAGGAAAAGACUUAGCAACAUGGACACGGUGAAAGGUCCGCAUAAGAAAGUCAUGAGAAAGUCGAUUAUUCCUGCGAGCACAAAGGUAGUGAACAACGCCAAGAAGUAUCAGAACAUGAUAAUCCAGAGAAGAUCGAAUCUGCGAAAGCUCGAUAAUAGCGCGACCAAGUCUACCGAGAACGUAUGGUCCAACGCUAAUCCGUCCAAGACGUCGCUGCACGUGUCCGAUACGCAGCGAUUUGUGAUAAACUUGGAAUCCGACACGGACAGCGAGUCCGACGGUGAGAAGCGCGAAGACUCCGUCCUCGUUUCUACCCUGGAAAAGCCUCAAGCGCAGGAUAUUGGUGUUGAUUUCGAGCAGAGUCUGCACAAGUUUCUGCGAGACGUGAGGAAGGAACAGGAACAAUCGGCCAAACCUGCGGCAGCACGAAAUGGGCUAUUGACUAAGAAUUCAUCCAACUUGCACACACCAUUGGCCGUGAGACAUCUUCCUGCAUCGCAACAAGAGGAAUAUCGUCGUUUGAAGCAGCAGAUUUUAGAGCGCGAGAAGCUGAAGUUACAGAGGAAGGUAGCAGAUAAUAAUGGCGUUAACAAUAAUAAAUUAUUGAAUACUAAUGUGGUGGCGAGUUCUGCGGCAAAGUUAUCUGAAAAGACAAAUAUGCACGUUAAACAGAAUCCAGAUAAAUCAACAGAACCGGAAAAAACUUCUCAAGCACCAGCGGAGAGCAAAAAGAGAAGUGUCAAUGCGGCGAAAAAUAUAUUAAUAUCAAAUGUUCACUUGUCCGCAAACAAAAACCCCUCGGUGAAUGUUAAGCAUACCAAUUCCGCGAAUUCGACAGCUAAAGGAGCUAAGAAGACGAUACCGAACAAUCUCAGCAUCCGGAUUACCAAUGAGAUUGCGCCGAAUCACGUCGGAGCGGAAAGUAGAACGGUCGAGAAUUUAAGCGAGAAGCAAUCCGCAAGCGAUAAUCAACAGAAUAGUAGACCUGUUCUGAGAACACUGACCAAAGAAGAAAUAAAUCGCAAUUAUGUUCAAGUUUUAUUAAAGUCUGACAUAAGCGAGCGAGUCGUUACUAUAAAUGAUAGAUCAGCUGUGCGAUCCGAUGCUACGACGAAUGUCAACCAAAACGAGAAGCCAGUCGGACUUGACGUGUCUGUAGAGAUUUUAGAAGAGAAACAUAAAAACAAUGAAAAUAAUAACACUAACGCGUUUUCCAACGCGUCUACUGUGAAGCUUUCAGACCUCACCGUCAAUUCGAGCGCAAACAAACAAGAACAUGAAAACAUCAUGAUGGAAACUACAAUACCGCUUGCUCAAUAUGAGGCAGAAAGACAAGAAUCUAAUAGUAAUUCCUCAACGUCGCUAUCUUCGGAAAAUAAGAGUAAUGCUUUCCAUAAAUCUGAUUCUGAAAACGUCGACAAUAAAGGUAAUACGGAUGAUGUUUGGGAUGCGCUUAAAAAAAAUGUGAAAAUUGAGUUAGAUACUAUAACAAAUCUUCCAAAAAUGGAGCAAGAGCAGUAUUUGAGAGAUACCGAACACAAAUUAGUUGCGAAACGGUAUACGGUCUUGGAUCAUUUGGCAGAAAUGUCAGGGAACCUUCGUCAGUGGGAUAUGGAGAAGGAUCUGCAGAGUAGUCUAGCCAGCGAAGUGAGGAAACUCAAGGAGCAAUUGAAGAUAGCUGAAGAGAGAUUGCAAUUGCAGCGGGAUCGUGUUAAUAGUAUGGGCCCGAAGGUUUCGACCGCGCGCCAAAAGAUCAAUGCUGGACGUCGUGAAUGUUUUAAAUUGUCGAAAAUUUGUUCGACUUUAGGUAACCGGCUCAUGGGGAAGACCUACAAAUUACCAGAGGCAGGAGGUCAACUUUUGAGUGAUAAGCUUAAGGAAGUUGCUAAUCACACUCGUCAAUUUACCAAGAAGAAGCGGGUUCCAUCUAAUGAAAAUGUCUCUGAAAAUUUUGGUGAUAAUUUUAGCUUGUUGCGACAAAUCUUAUUAUUUAAAGAAACAUGCGUUGAAAAAAAUCCGCAAGAACAGUCAGCGAACGAUGCAGCUGAGGUAGCGGGAUCAAAGAAUGACGCUUGUGGCUUGAAAGAAUGUGAGGAUAAAAAUUUAUCAGAAUCUUCUUCUACGUUAAAUCUCUUGCAAACGCUUCCAAAUCAUUUGACGCCUGCGACGAGGAGAAAAGAAGCUUUAACAAAUGUGUUAGAGCUUCAAAGCGAUGAACAAGUUACACCUCCUAAUCAAAAUGCUUCUGAACCAAAGUUAUACCAAAGUACUCCUGUACAACAAAAUAAGAAACCUACACAAAUAAAUUGUAGUAUAUCUGAUUCGACUACAUGUUCAGAGCUAGAAUUAUUAACGGCAGAUCCUUUAUGUCAAGACAAUGAACAAAAUAAUAAGAAAACGUCGUCAUCAUCGACGUUACCGCCGACGUUACCGCCGACGUUAUCGCCGCCGCCGACGACGACGACGACGACGACAGCAACAACGAUGGUGAAGACGACGACGACGACCACGACCACGACAACGACAACGAUUGCGCCUUAUGAAUCGAUCUUAUCACAUUUAAAGAUACCAAGGAACACAAACCCCCAUGGAGUCCUGUGUCCGUACGAAAUGAUGGGCAUUUGCAGGGACGAAGAUUGUCAAUUCAUUCAUCAGUCGAGGAAUCAAACCUGAAAUAACACUGCUGAAUACACUUUUUCAACGUGAUAUACGUAAGGUGGUUCUAAAUUUUCAACGUCAAUGUGCAAAUUGCACAUUUAAAUUAACAGCUCUUCGAAAGUAUAGAAAAUGUUCGAAUUCGAAAAUGGCAUAAUCACAAAUUUUAUUUCUUGGCUAUUCUUUUUUUUCAAUCACAAAUGAUAUAUAAUAUACACUUAUAUAAUUAAAAGGACAUUAAACUGCGUAUAUAAAGCCAAGUGAGAAUCAUGAAGGAAUUAUAGUUUUGUAAAAUCGUGUAAAAUUUGUAAUUGCAAAAGAUUCCAUUGCAAUGUGAUUUCUUUUUCUACUUUUCAUUGAACAUUUUAUUGCGAUAGAUUAGUAAUAUUCGUAAUGUGAAAAGUAGCUUUAAUUGUCUCCUUCAAACAAAUGUCUUUGCUUUUGCAUUUGCAGGUAUCGAUUAUUCUGGGAAAUAUAAAUAUCAAUGUAGAUGAGAUUGCAUUAGCUAAGCAGAGGCAACACCCGAAGAUCGGUAAGUUGUCUUCACCCAUGGCAGACUCUAGUGCACACAAUCCUAAAAAAUUAUCGUUUUAUAAAAAAAUUCUAUAUUUUAUGCAUAAGACUUUUUUUUUCAUUGUGCUAUGAAGCAGCAGCCAUAUUUUGUUGAAAGUUCAGAGAAUUUUUACAAGUGUAUAUUUUUUUAAAUUAUAAGAAAAGUGUUAUAAACUGCAAGAGCAAACAGUGUGAUAAAGACAGAAGAAGAGUCUAUUUAUCAUACUAAGAAGAAUUAAUAUUUGAAAAAGAAGACCGGCAAUUGCAGAUCAUCAUCGAACAAUUGCACGAGUUACUCUAACUUCGUACUUUGAUAUAUAAGUUACCUCAUAAUAUAUAAUUAAUCUUGUAUUUGUAUAAUAAAAGUUGAAUAUUUUUUCGUA